UAUAAAUUAAACUAGCAUCCAAUCUGUCGAAUAGUUGUUCAUUCUCUUCGGAUAUGAACUGUGUGAGAAAAUAUCAAACACUCGGUUACUUUAACUGAUUGUUGAACGUGUCUACUCGUGAAUUUCAUUCCAAUCGCAAUACAGAAUCUACAGUUUGUCGUUCAACGCGCCACAGGAAAGAAAGGGGAAACAUUCUGUAAUAAUUUGUCUCUGGAAUAACUCUCAGAAAACGGACGCAUUGGAUUCGUACAGGAUGAACGCGAUGUCCCACCUGUAUCCCGUCACGGAGAAGGGGACACGGAAGCCUAAAUGCGCGCGCUGCCGGAACCACGGCAUGGUCUCUUGGCUGAAGGGACACAAGCGGCACUGCGAGUUCAAGGACUGCACGUGCGCCAAGUGCAACCUGAUCGCAGAGCGCCAGCGCGUGAUGGCGGCCCAGGUCGCGCUAAAACGUCAGCAGGCAACCGAGGACGCCAUCGCGCUGGGGAUCCGCGCGUGCGCGCAUGACGGUGGCGUACCGAUCAUGACCCAGGGACCGCUAUGGGGACCGGGCACGGUCCAUCCGCCGGAAACGAACAAGGAGAGAGAGGAGCGGAUGAACAGGGAAAAUAUCAUGCGAAAUCAUACAGAUAGCAAUUCAGAAGAUAAUGCAGACGACGACAUCAGCGUCUCUGAUGACGACGACUCCAGAUCGUCUCAACCGGAAGAGACGCAAUCGCGUCUCCUCACAUCCACGCCGAUAUCUCCGACGGAAACACUCAAGCGCUUGACCGACCAACCAUUUGACAAAGAAGGUGUAUGUUCCAAAUCAGGGGUCAUGAAACCGGCCGCGUAUGCACCUGGACGCCUCUCGAAUUUGGACAUUCUCGAGCGAGUGUUUCCCCUUCACCGGAAGUCAGUUCUUGAACUGGUUUUACAAGGUUGUAAUGGGGAUCUAGUGAAAGCCAUCGAGCAGUUCCUUUCGGCCCAGGAUACGCUAGAAGCCAGAGGAAAGCCGGAAUACAGCGCGAAGCCGGCGCUAAGGUACCACCCUUACUCAAGCGGUUCGAACUGGAUUCAUGGAUCAAGCAACCACUACGGGUCUUCACUGCCAACCACUUUCGAUAUGAAGUCAGCGUUCAAACCUCUACCACUACCUCCUAUUUCCGGUCUUCACUCGGCUUUCCUUUCCGGUUAUCCACAGUUGUCGUCUGCAUCACCGCUUAUGUCAUCAUUUAGCGCAGGACAGUACUCGGCACCCAAUUUUGGACUACCGCUGUCACACGGGUCUUAUUCCGGGCUCCAUGGUUACACUGGACUGUUCGGCUCGCCGUUUUCCAUUUUGCCGUAUAGGGCGAACGAGGCUAGAGACAUGACAAAAGCUGUCGACAGGGAACCACUUGCUCUUGAAAACAAACCGUGACGAAAUUUGAAUACAUUUGUAUAGUUUAAACAAAAAUAUUUAUGUUAAUGUAAAUUAUUGUUCAUCCUCGGGCGAUCUGCUCUUGACAUACAUGGCUUUACUCGUUCGCGUUAUGAGUUUUAUUAGUUUUUGAAAAAUUAUACUAAAAAUGAAUAGUUGUUAUUUAUGAGAUGUAUAUAUUCUGUUCACGCUAUAAUAAAAUAUUAAUCGUU